AAUGGUCAUCAAGGAGCCGGAGUGCAUUCCGCGCGUUUGCCAAAGACUGGCACAUAUCGCCGGGCUCUGGAGCUUUUUUUUUGAAGCGGGUGGGGGAUUAUAAAAUGCAAAGCUGCUGCCAAAACAAUGACAUGUUCCAGUUGUCCCGCGUCAUAUGAGUGUUGAUGCUUGGACUGUCAAACUGCAAUCCUCAUGUCCUUUGUGUUUUCUGGGUUCAAUCUUCCACUUGGCAGUCCGUGAUUUCAGUUGUCACGGGUCAUGCAUGAGCAGAAUGGCGUGUGUCUGCAGCAGACUUGAUGCGCGUGUCGUGGACAUGUCUAACAUGAAGGCCCCGAGCGUCGAAAGCAAUUUGCCAGCCCAUGGCUGGUACCCACGUUUGAUCACGUUUUAUUUCUUCUUUGGAACAGCAUCACUGGUUUCAGGCACAUAUGUUUCCAGAGCGUUCACAAUACACUCCCUGUGUACCGUAUCACAAUGCUUUGAUCAGGUAACACCUCUUUGAGCUUCGGAAAAAGACUACGAUGAAUCGAUUCUCCAUGCAAGCUGGCAAGAUAGUGAUUGCUAAGAAUGACAUUCUGCAGUAUAUCGACGGGCUGCGGUUUGUGCCAUUGACGGAUACUCAAGAUGCCAAUGGACAUGAUCAGUGAAGUGGAACUAU